AUGUUUUCUUCUUUACGGCGACAAAUUAAUUUAAAAGAUCUGUUUCCAACCCGAUGGAGUUUUCUUAUUUUUAUAUCGUAUAUGGGCCUAUUUAUAAAUCAAGGUUUGUUAGUCACGGGCUCAAAAACGGCAACAAAUUCAUAUAAUUACAAUACAAUUGUUGUCGUUUUACUUACUGAAUGCGUUAAACUGAUAAGCGCUGUAACGAUUUAUCGACAAACCCAUACAUUCAGUCAGAUGAGAAGAGAAAUUACAGAUAACCAAACAGUAAUAAUUCUGUAUUUUAUUCCGUCGGCAUUGUAUUGUUUGUAUAAUAAUUUGGCAUUCAUAAAUUUAUCAUCUUAUGAUCCAACCACUUAUUUUCUACUUCUCCAAUUUCGGGUUGUUGUCACAGGUGUUAUAUUUCAAUUUCUUUUUAAUAAACGUUUAACACGUCUGCAAUGGUUAUCCCUCAUUCUUCUUACAUCGGGUUGUAUUAUAAAACAAUUUGAACAUUCAUCCAUAUCGUCAUCAUCAACUACUAUCUCGACAAGAAAUAUGACAACAGCAACAACAACAAUUCAAUCAAAUCAACAAACAAUUACGACUCCUCCAUCAAUAAUUAAUGUACAUUUGAUAUGGAUUCUCGUUCAAGUAUUUUGCUCUUGUUUCGCUGGUGUCUAUAAUGAAUAUUUAUUAAAAAGCGAUCGAACAAAUCAAGUCGAUACAAUGUUACAAAAUGCAUUUAUGUAUGUUGAUUCAAUUCUAUGCAAUUUCGUUUUAUUAAUGUAUUUCGAUCGUCAACAACCAACAUUAUCAGUUGUCCAUAAAAUUUUUGAUACAAUCAGUAUAAUAUUAUCAGGCAAACAGUUUCUUAUACUAUUGAUUAUAAUUAAUAAUGCAGCUGUAGGAAUUGUAACAUCAUUAUUUCUUAAAUCAAUGACGUCUAUAUUGAAAACAUUUGCUAGCGCUCUUGAAUUACUUUUCACAAGUAUUUUAGCAUGGAUGCUUUUUGGUAUACCUGUUAGUAUAUAUACAUUUAUUGCGAUAUUUAUUGUUUCAAAUGCUGUUUAUCUAUAUUCAAUAAAUCCUGUUGUUAAUUUGCCAAGUACGCCAACAAUGAAUGUGCCAGCAAAUCAGCCAAUUAAUAUUAAUAAUGGAGAUGUUAACUCAAAAAAUUCAAAUCCUGCUAAUGAACAAGAACGACGUUUGAUUGUUUAA